GAUAUCGAGUACAAAAAUCUUUAUUUCGUUUAUUGUGGGUGGUCCUGAUUUAUGACUUUCACCGAGUAAAAAAAUGGGAAGGAAAUGCUCAUGUUGUGGAACCACAGGUCACAAUUCGAGGACUUGCCCUACUCAAAGGAGAAGAAAUGCUGCUAGGAUGAAGCUUUUCGGGGUGCAAUUGCUCGAUCAAUCCCCUUUUCCUUCAUCUUCUAAUAAUCUUUCCAUGAAAAAAAGCUUCAGCCUGGAUUGCCUAUCAGUUUCACAGUUCAACGCUCCUUCCGGAUCAAGAACACCCUCCUGUUCUCCGUCUCCUCAGGACCAUGUCCUUCUCGAGUCUAGUGGAUAUCUCUCUGAUGGCCUAAUCCAAACAACUCAGGAGAAGAAGAAGGGCAUGCCAUGGACAGAAGAGGAGCACAGGAUAUUUCUAGUUGGCCUGGAAAAACUUGGUAGGGGUGAUUGGAGAGGCAUCUCCAGGAACUUUGUGACCACCAGAACUCCAACCCAAGUAGCCAGUCAUGCACAAAAGUAUUUUCUCAGACAAAAUAGCCUCAACAGAAAGAUCAACCGUCGCCCUAGCCUUUUUGAUAUGGUGGAGAGGGAUAAAUCUGCCCUCCAAUCGGUUCGCCCAAUUUUCUCCUUGUCAAUUGAGCAAGAGUGUUCAAUUUCAGGUGGAAUGCUUUUGCCAAAAAUAAGUACUGCUUCAUGUAUGGUAAAUUUCAGUUCAUCAUCGCCGCCGGAGCAAGAUUUGAAGUCCAGUCAGGUACCUGUCCCAGUUGGAGUAUCUGAAUCAUUGGAGCACAGUUUUAUUCCAUCGAGUAGCUCAAGUACUAACCCUGAGCAUGAUCAUGAUCAAAAUUCUUCCUCUCCACCACCCAAUCUAGAGCUUACUCUUGCCGUUCCUCAGGCACGACACAAUCAGAGAAAACCAAUAUCUGUUGCUUCCUGUCUUCUUACAGUGGUCUGAGACUAGUAUCACAUCUCAUCUAUGUAAAUCAUGCAUCAGCAUAUAAGCCAAGCACCAAAACUUACGGUACUGAUGUUAUUAUGAUUAGACUACGCUUGUCUCAUCAACAAUCAUAAUACAAAUCUUUAGUAUUAUAAUC